AAUCAUAAAUGAAGAAGGAAACAGACAGUUGCCCUAUACUGAAAGCUAAAAAUGCUUCACCUGAAACCUCUGCCACAUCUCUCUUUCUCUCUCACACAUACGUAUAUACACAUUAUUACCAUUUUUGUCUUUUUAUUUAUUUAUUUAUAUAAUAUAACUCCCGAUCUGACGAUUUCUCUCGUUUCUUCAUUCAAAGGAAGUGCCUUUUUGGGAUUUAAGUCUUUGUUUGUGUAUUUUGGUGAACUGGGUCUGUGUGUGUGGUGAUGUCUUACAGCAACUCAAACCCGGAAAACUACAGUUCAUCAUCAGCCGGUACGAACUCGCCGGAGCUUAAACUUUAUCAAGCAUUCAUCUUUUCUGUACCAAUCUGCUUCACAUUUAUUAUUCUCUUCUUGUUCUACUUGAUCUACCUUCGUCGUGGUAGCUCCGAUUUGUCUUCUCUCGGAAUGCGAACUACUUUCAUCCCUGGUAACUCUCUCUCCACGGCUGAAUUAGGAUUGAGUAAAGAGCUGAGAGAGAUGCUUCCCAUUGUCGUCUUUAAAGAGAGCUUCACCGUAAUGGAUUCACAAUGUUCUGUUUGCCUUGGGGAGUAUCAAGCAGAUGACAAGCUUCAACAGAUCCCUGUAUGUAAACACACUUUUCACAUGGAUUGCAUUGAUCUUUGGCUCACAUCGCAUACCACUUGCCCCCUUUGCCGUCUGGCUCUUCUCCCCAGCCAACCCCGUCAAACUGAAGAAGAUUCUGGUCCGAGUCUCGUCAGCCCUGAUGAAGAGGUGUUGAGUCAACCAGAAUCUCAGCCACUAAACCACAGAGAAGUGUUGAGUCAACCGGAAUCUCAGCCAGUAAGGCACAGAGAAGUGUCGAGUCAACCGGAAUCCGAGCCAGUAAACCACCUAAACGAUGGCCAAGAGCAACAGUCUGAUCCGACUCAGUGUGAUCGAGAUGCGGAGGAGGGCUUGAAGGAAAUGCAAGAGGAUGAACAGAACAGCAUCGGGACAUCGAAUGCUUGUUGUAGUUGUAGACCUGGUUAAGAUUAACCACUUUUGUAAAGUUUGCUGUGUACUUGCAUUUGUAACUUGUAACAUUAGUACAUUUACUAGGAGUGAAAAUGAGAGAUUGAUCUGAUCCAUAGAAGAAACAAGAAGGCAAAAUGUGUAGUAAACGUUUGUGCUCGAACCUGAAAUUUUGGAAAAUUACCAAAA